AUGCUGUGCAAGCGGAGCAGCCAAUGGCAUCGAUACAUUGAUUUGAACAAAAUAUUUAUUUCAAAUGCCACAAUUAGAAGACACGGCGCGACCUGGUGGUCACGUGAUAUCCAGAUCAACAGAUUUCAGAUCGGGCACCACCAUCGUCAAGUUUCUUCCUCAACAUCCACGAUGCCUAACUUUGAAGCACUGUUCAAAAAGAUCGAUGAGCUGAAGCCUGCGUUCAUUAAGCGCUUGGCAGAUGCUGUUGCUAUUCCUUCCGUCUCUGCCGACGAGGCCCACCGACCCCAGGUCGUCAAGAUGGGCGAGUGGUUGGCCGAAGAGCUCAAGCAGCUUGGUGCUACCGACGUCGAAUUGAAGGAGCUUGGACCCCAGCCCCACACUGGCUGGCCCCUUCCCCCCAUUGUUGUGGGCCGCUGGGGUACUGAUCCCGCCAAAAAGACCGUUUUGCUGUACGGCCACUACGACGUCCAGCCGGCCCUCAAAGAAGACGGCUGGAGCACUGAGCCGUUCGAGCUCACCCAGAAGGGCGAGAUCCUGUAUGGCCGUGGUGCAACUGAUGAUAAGGGCCCCGUUAUGGGCUGGCUGAAUGUUUUGCAGGCGCACAAGGAGCUCGGUCUGGAGAUUCCUGUGAACCUGGUCUUCUGCUUUGAGGGUAUGGAGGAGAGCGGCUCCGAGGGCCUUGAUGGCCUGAUCGAGCAAGAGGCCGACAAGUAUUUCAAGGGCAUCGAUGCCGUUUGUAUUUCUGACAACUACUGGCUUGGCACUAAGCACCCUGUCGUCACUUACGGUGUGCGGGGUGUGUCUUACUACGAAAUCACCGUCAAGGGACCCGCCGCUGACCUGCACAGCGGCCUGUUUGGCGGUCUUGUCCACGAGCCCAUGGUUGAUCUGUCUUAUCUUUUCAGCAAGCUCGUCACCCCCAAGGGUGAGAUCUUGAUCCCUGGCAUCAAGGAACUGGUUGCCCCUCUGACCAAAGAGGAAGAUGCUCUCUACGACGCUAUUCACUUUGACAUUCCUGGUCUUGAAGACAACAUCGGCUCCAAGACUAUCAUCCAGGACAACAUCAAGGAUGCAUUGCAAGCCCGCUGGCGCUACCCCUCUCUGUCGCUGCACGGCGUGGAGGGUGCUUUCUACGAAAAGGGUGCCAAGACGGUUAUUCCUGCCACCGUCAAGGGCAAGUUCUCCAUCCGCACUGUCCCGAACAUUGAGCCUGCCAAGCUCGAUGAGCUUGUGAUCAAGUACGUCGAGGACCAAUUCAAGACCUUGGGUUCUAAAAACGUCGCAACCUGUGAGCUUGUCCACGCCGGUGAUUACUGGGUCUCUGACCCCUCCAACUGGAGUUACCGUGCUGCUGCUAAAGCCACCAAGGCUGUGUGGGGUGUUGAUCCUGAUUUCACUCGCGAGGGUGGCUCCAUUCCUAUCACUCUGAGCUUCCAAAACUUACUCAAGACCUCCGUCGUUUUGCUGCCUAUGGGCCGCGGCGACGAUGGCGCUCACUCUACUAAUGAAAAACUCGAUGUUCCCAACUAUAUCGAAGGAACUAAAACUUUAGGUGCCUAUUUGCACUACCUUAGCGAGGAAACUCAGGACUAG